AUGUCAGUAGAAAUGGAAAAUGGCAAACAACUAAACGACGUAGCGGCAACAAAUUUAAGCAGCACAAAUGACAACAUUGGACAGACUAGUAUAACUAUUAAAUGGCGUCAUAUCCUAUGGCGUCAAAAUUACGGUUAUACGCAUACAAAUAAAUAUACAGAAAUACAAAUUCGUUCUUAUUGCUUUGGCUUGGUAGCUUGCGUCUACGCUGAUGUCUCCGAAUUGGGUUACAACUAUCCUCAACCUGCCCCUGCAGCUCCUCAAAAAUCCUACAUUCCCCCACCACCACCAGCUCCAGUAGAACAACCCCAAAACACUUACAUUCCCCCACCACCACCUGCUCCCGUUGAACAACCCCAAAACACCUACAUUCCUCCAGCUGCCCCAGCUCCCGUAGUCCCUGAAAACACUUAUAUUCCUCCAGCUGCUGAAUCUCACGUAGAAUCUGUCGCUGAAGACGGUUACCGUUACAAGACCGUUCGUCGCGUUGUCUACAAGCACCGUGCUUAAGUUCAAGAAAGAGAAUUUCAUGUCUCGUUGUUAAAAUUUAAAUGUUGUUGAAUGAAAAAGUAUUAGAAAUAAAUUUUUAAAAUAGAAAAAA